CUAUUCAAGAAACUUUAGAAGGUUUCAGUGAUUUUAGAGAUAGUAUUAGCAAUCAUAUGAAUGUUUUUAAUCAUAGUGUGAAUAUGUUUAUUUGUGAUGUAAAUAAAGUUGAACAAAUUGUUAGAACACCAUAG